AGGUGUAAUUUGUGAAGUGGCUGGAAAACUUCUCCCCAACUCAACAUGGAUACAGCGGCGUGGGCGCUUCCUCCCUUCGUGGCUCUCGUGCUCCUUGCCCCGUGGCCUUUCCCUGGAGCUGCCCGAGCCCAGUUCUCCGCAGGGGGCUGUACUUUUGAUGAUGGUCCUGGAGCUUGUGAUUACCAUCAAGACCUGUAUGAUGAUUUCGAAUGGGUUCAUGUUAGUUCUCAAGAGCCUCAUUAUUUGCCUCCUGAGAUGCCUCAAGGAUCCUACAUGGUAGUGGAUGCUUCGAAUCAUGACCCUGGAGAAAAAGCCAGACUUCAGCUUCCAACAAUGAAGGAGAAUGAUACACAUUGUAUUGAUUUCAGCUAUCUGUUAUAUAGCCAGAAAAGGAUGAAUCCUGGCACUUUGAACAUAUUAGUUAGGGUGAAUAAAGGACCUCUGGCUAAUCCCAUUUGGAAUGUGACUGGCUUCACUGGUAAAGACUGGCUUCGGGCUGAGCUGGCAGUGAGCACCUUCUGGCCCAAUGAAUAUCAGGUAAUAUUUGAGGCUGAAGUCUCAGAUGGGCGGAAUGGCUACAUUGCCAUUGAUGACAUCCAAGUUCUGAGCUAUCCUUGUGAUAAAUCCCCUCAUUUCUUGAGGCUGGGUGAUGUAGAGGUCAAUGCAGGGCAGAAUGCUACAUUUCAGUGUAUUGCUACGGGGAGAGAUGCUGUGAAUAACAAGUUAUGGCUGCAGAGACGAAAUGGAGAAGAUAUACCAGUGGCCCAGACUAAAAAUAUCAAUCAUAGAAGAUUUGCUGCUUCCUUUAGAUUGCAAGAAGUAACAAAAACUGACCAAGAUUUGUACCGCUGUGUAACUCAGUCAGAAAGAGGCUCCGGAGUUUCCAAUUUUGCUCAACUAAUUGUGAGAGAACCACCUCGACCUAUAGCUCCUCCCCAGCUGCUUGGUGUAGGACCUACAUAUUUGUUGAUUCAACUAAAUGCCAAUUCCAUUAUUGGUGAUGGUCCUAUUAUCUUGAAAGAAGUGGAAUAUAGAAUGACAUCAGGAUCCUGGACAGAAACUCAUGCUGUCAAUGCACCCACCUAUAAACUCUGGCACUUGGACCCAGAUACUGAAUAUGAGAUUCGUGUUCUACUCACAAGACCUGGAGAAGGUGGGACAGGACUGCCAGGACCACCACUUAUCACCAGAACCAAAUGUGCUGAACCAAUGAGAACACCCAAAACACUAAAAAUCGCUGAAAUCCAAGCAAGACACAUCGCGGUGGACUGGGAGUCUUUAGGCUACAACAUUACUCGUUGCCACACUUUCAAUGUCACUAUUUGCUACCAUUAUUUCCGUGGUCACAAUGAGAGCAAGGCUGACUGCUUGGACAUGGACCCCAAAGCACCCCAGCAUGUUGUGAGCCAUCUGCCACCUUACACAAAUGUCAGCCUCAAGAUGAUUCUAACCAAUCCUGAAGGGAGGAAGGAAAGCGAGGAGACAAUUAUCCAAACUGAUGAAGACGUGCCUGGUCCAGUUCCAGUCAAGUCUCUCAAAGGAACUUCAUUUGAAAACAAGAUCUUCCUGAAUUGGAAAGAACCUUUGGAUCCAAAUGGAAUUAUCACUCAAUAUGAGGUCAGCUAUAAUAGCAUCAGGUCAUUUGAUCCUGCCGUUCCUGUGGCUGGACCUCCCCAGACUGUGACAAAUUUAUGGAACAGUACACAUCAUGUAUUUCUGCAUCUCCACCCUGGGACAACCUACCAGUUCUUUAUAAGAGCCAGUACGGUCAAAGGCUUUGGGCCAGCAACAGCAAUCAAUGUUACAACCAAUAUCUCAGCUCCCACCUUACCUGACUAUGAAGGAAUUGAUGCAUCCCUUAAUGAAACUGCCACCACUAUAACAGUGUUAUUGAGACCUGCACAGGCUAAAGGUGCACCUAUCAGUGCUUAUCAAAUUGUGGUGGAAGAAUUACAUCCCCACCGAACCAAACGAGAAACAGGGGCAAUGGAAUGCUACCAGGUCCCCAUCACCUACCAGAGUGCCAUGAGUGGAGGUUCACCAUAUUACUUUGCUGCCGAACUACCCCCUGGGAAUCUUCCUGAACCAGCCCCAUUUACUGUUGGUGACAACAGGACUUACCAAGGAUUUUGGAACCCACCUCUAGCACCUCGGAAAGGUUACAAUAUCUACUUUCAGGCUAUGAGUAGUGUGGAAAAGGAAACCAAAACCCAGUGUGUACGAAUAGCUACGAAAGCAGCAGCAACAGAAGAACCAGAGGUAAUUCCUGAUCCAGCCAAGCAAACAGAUCGAGUAGUGAAAAUAGCAGGAAUUAGUGCCGGGAUUUUGGUAUUCAUCCUACUCCUCCUAGUUGUCAUAUUAAUUGUCAAAAAGAGAUAUAUAACUUGGAGAAGAAGCGUCUGCAUUAGAAACAUUAGGAGGAGCUACUAUUCUUACUCCUACUACCUCAAGCUUGCUAAAAAACGCAAGGAUGCCAUGGGGAACACCCGCCAGGAGAUGACACACAUGGUAAAUGCAAUGGAUAGGAGUUAUGCAGAUCAGAGCACUCUUCAUGCAGAGGACCCACUUUCCAUUACCUUCAUGGAUUCUCAUAACUUUAGCCCACGAUUGCCCAAUGAUCCACUUGUGCCAACUGCUGUGUUAGUCCCUAUUACUGAUGAGAACCACAGUGCUCCAGCAGAGUCCAGUCGUCUCCUUGAUGUACCUCGCUAUCUUUGUGAGGGGACUGAGUCUCCAUACCAGACUGGACAGUUGCACCCAGCCAUCAGGGUGGCAGACUUAUUACAGCAUAUUAAUCUCAUGAAGACAUCAGACAGCUAUGGAUUCAAAGAGGAAUAUGAGAGUUUCUUUGAGGGACAGUCAGCAUCCUGGGAUGUGGCUAAAAAAGAUCAAAACAGAACAAAGAACCGAUAUGGAAACAUCAUAGCAUAUGACCACUCCAGAGUCAUUUUGCAGCCUGUCGAGGAUGAUCCUUCUUCUGAUUAUAUCAAUGCCAACUAUAUCGAUAUUUGGCUGUACAGGGAUGGCUACCAGAGGCCAAGCCACUACAUUGCGACCCAAGGUCCAGUCCAUGAGACAGUUUAUGAUUUCUGGAGGAUGAUCUGGCAAGAGCAGUCGGCCUGCAUUGUAAUGGUUACAAAUUUAGUUGAAGUUGGCCGAGUUAAGUGUUAUAAGUACUGGCCUGAUGAUACUGAAGUUUAUGGUGACUUCAAAGUAACUUGUGUAGAAAUGGAACCACUUGCUGAAUAUGUGGUUAGGACAUUCACCCUGGAAAGGAGAGGAUACAAUGAAAUCCGUGAAGUUAAACAGUUUCAUUUUACGGGCUGGCCAGAUCAUGGUGUGCCAUACCAUGCCACAGGCCUGUUGUCAUUUAUACGUCGGGUCAAGGUAUCUAACCCACCCAGUGCUGGGCCCAUUGUGGUCCACUGCAGUGCUGGUGCUGGACGAACUGGUUGUUAUAUAGUGAUUGACAUCAUGCUGGACAUGGCUGAAAGAGAAGGUGUGGUAGACAUUUACAACUGUGUCAAAGCCCUCCGUUCACGUCGCAUCAACAUGGUUCAAACAGAGGAACAGUACAUUUUUAUUCAUGAUGCCAUUCUGGAAGCCUGCUUAUGUGGAGAAACUGCCAUACCUGUCUGUGAAUUCAAAGCUGCAUAUUUUGAUAUGAUUAGAAUAGACUCCCAGACUAACUCAUCACAUCUCAAAGAUGAAUUUCAGACCUUAAAUUCCGUAACUCCUCGACUACAAGCAGAAGAUUGCAGCAUAGCCUGCCUGCCAAGGAACCAUGACAAGAAUCGUUUCAUGGAUAUGCUGCCACCUGACAGAUGUCUGCCUUUCUUAAUUACUAUUGAUGGGGAGAGUAGUAACUACAUCAAUGCUGCUCUUAUGGAUAGUUACAGACAACCUGCUGCUUUCAUCGUCACACAGUACCCUCUGCCAAACACUGUAAAAGACUUCUGGAGAUUAGUAUAUGAUUAUGGCUGUACCUCCAUUGUGAUGUUAAAUGAAGUCGACUUGACCCAGGGUUGCCCACAGUACUGGCCAGAAGAAGGCAUGUUGCGAUAUGGGCCUAUUCAAGUUGAAUGCAUGUCCUGUGCAAUGGAUUGUGAUGUGAUCAACAGAAUUUUUCGGAUAUGCAAUCUCACAAGGCCACAGGAAGGGUAUCUAAUGGUGCAGCAGUUUCAGUACUUAGGGUGGGCUUCUCACCGAGAAGUCCCCGGAUCCAAACGAUCAUUCCUGAAGCUGAUACUGCAAGUCGAGAAAUGGCAGGAGGAGUGUGAUGAAGGGGAAGGGCGGACCAUCAUUCAUUGUCUGAAUGGUGGGGGGCGAAGUGGAAUGUUCUGUGCCAUAGGCAUUGUUGUGGAAAUGGUGAAAAGACAGAAUGUUGUUGACGUUUUCCACGCUGUCAAGACCUUACGGAACAGCAAGCCAAACAUGGUUGAAGCCCCGGAACAGUACCGUUUCUGCUAUGAUGUGGCUUUGGAAUACCUUGAAUCCUCAUAGUUGGACUGGACAUGGAAAGUAAAUCCCAACUAAAACCCGUUCAGCUGUUGAACCAGCAGCUAAUUAACCUGUUGAACCUGUGAAGAGAUUUAAGUGUUGGGGGGAGGGGAACAUUUACAUUUUAAAUGCAAAAGUAUUUUUUCUUAUGAAGUUGUGUAUAAGAGGAAUCCAAUCAGUUUCUAUGCCUGUAAACAAUAUCAAAAUUUAGUGCCAGAAAAUUAUAUUUAAUAAGAACCAGACUAAGCCAAUUGGGAAGGGGAUGGCGGUGCAAAUAGGGACUUUUCAGUGUUUGUACAGUUGAUAUGAUAUGCAGCCAGCUCUCUCUGGGCUCACCUGUUGCAUGAAUCAAUAUUUCCUAUAUGGCAUUUUUUUCUCCUUCUUUUGAUAAAAGAUGUUAAAAAUUUAAAAAGAAGAAAAAAAGCUGUGCAAAUUGAUAGUAAAAAAAAUCCAUUCUUUAUACGUUUCAAGUGUAGCAGAUCUAUAUAAAUAUAUAAAUAUAUUUAACUGGCUUAUUUUGUUUUAAUGUGCAAUGAUGACUGGAUCACAUAAAAUUCUUUUUAAAGAAAAUAAACAUAAGCCAAAGACUCAAGUGUAUAUAUGUCUAUAUGGAGAAAGCACACUGUAUUUAUUGGUUACUUGCAUUCCUUUUUGGAUGGCUUAAGAAAAAAAAUCAUUUUUCUUGAAAAAAUCUUUUUUUUUUCUGAAAUCAAGUAUAAACGAUUUUUGUAGUUUAUUUUUUGUAUGUUUUAGUGUUAGUAGGAGCCAUACUUUUUAUGCCUAGACCAGAAAACAUUGUUGUAGUGGUUUUGUUGUGUACAUGCUUGUGAAUUUUCAUGUAAAAAUAAAACCAACUUGGCUAUCAGGUCUUUUAACAUGGGACCAAAUUAAAACAUUUUGCUAAAAAUGUAUAGUUUUCCAGUUGCAUUAGUCAGAUAUUGGUCAGAUCAUUAUAUAGAAGUGUACACAUUCUGAUGGCCUUGCUAAUGACUUGCACAAUGUUGAACGUAGUCUCUUUGCACCAUUUCAAUCUUAACAUAGCCAAUCUUGUUGAGCCACCGGCUAAGCACAGGUCAAAACAAUAAGAUGGCAACAUUCAUCCUUUCAGGGUAAAACAAGUUUUAUCAAAUGGUAAAGUUGAUACAAUGUUUCUUUUGAUGUUUACACACAUGUAAGCUUUGGGCUAUGACAAAGCAGAAUUUGAAUAAAUCAAUGCCAGAUUCUAGUUUUGUGCAUUGUCACUUGAUUCCAAGUGGACCUUUCCAAAUGUGGUCUUGUUCACGUGUUCCACACAGUUGUAACCACCCAUCAUAUGCUUGCUGUUUGUUGUUGACUUGAGCAUUCCAGUCUCCUCUUUUUAGAUUGACAGUAUAUGACAUGGUGCUUAAAAAAUUUUAAUGUAAAGUAAGAGUGAAUUAAAAAACUUUUUAUAAUAA